AUGGACAAGACAAGAUCUCUGUCCGAGCACCCGGUGGAGACCCUCGAACGGCUACAACAACCCCGUCGAAGUAAUCGAGCGCACAUCGAGGCUUUGCCGUCCGAGCUGUUGUUCCAUCUUUCGCGAUUUCUGGACCUGGCAGGGCUCAUAGUGUUCAGCACAGCGGCAAGUCAUGCGCUGCGCAAGGUGUUCGCGCAAUUCGAUCGAGAGCUGUUGUUCCUGGAGCCUGCACAUCGACUGAACCUCGCAGAGUGGAGGGAAGCCGCCAGGAAGCUCGAGCGCUUCGGACUGACACCGUCGUCGUGUUUCGAGCGCGAAGUGACCGAUGCAGAGUCACAUUGCAAGGACGAAAUCGACCUGUCUCAGGCUGUGCAUCAGCUCACCAGGGAUGAAAGCCUGAUUGACCUGCAUCUCUUACAGUCCAUUCUCGUCUUCCUAGCGGCAGAAGAUGUGCAAGAUUUCAGCAACCGUGCUAGUGCGCGCAUGAAGCGUGGUCGCCGAAAUGUGGUACCAUCGAUAUCAACCGAUUCACAGAGCAGCAAGGGUGUCAACCAGAUUCGCAGCUUGCAUCUGACUGGCUGGCACGGCAUUGCAGGGGCGUUCCUAAUCCACCAGCUUCGCUCACAGCCGUCGCUGAGAGGAGUGCGCACAAUCGUCAAGACGGACAGGGCUGACUCACGGAUCUGGCAACAGGCUGCUGCAGACGAUCGAUGUUCAAAGGGACAGGGCGGUAACAACGGCUCAGUGUGGUCCGCUCAUCGUGAGCACGAGGUACCACGAUGGCCGAGUCGGCCCUGGUCAACGCAAGGUAUUGGCGGAUCGAACAUGGUCGUGCAAUUUCGAGACUGCCAUACCACCCAGAUCAUUGUCCAAGUUGGGAAACGACGAUCACGGAUACCUGGGCAGCCUUUUCUGCGCGGAGAGGGACUUCAGAUGGGAUUUCAGGGGUACUGUAUCGAUAUGGCGACAACGAUGCCCAAGAUCGAAGCGGGCGAGUUGAAUUUGUCGAUAGAUGGUGGAGCCGUACAUGCGGACAAACGCAUCGAUGCCGAGGAAGGUGUUUCGAAGGGUGACUCAACCAUGCAUUCAGGGCCAGGUCCCGAAAGCGAUGGUGCUCUGACCGGCUCGGCUUGCCAAGACUUGACGCGGCACAGGCUCCAUGUGAUUCUGCAGGGUCGAGAGGUGGAGGAUGCAGAGCAAAAUGAGGAAAUGUUCGAGCGGAGCCUUGUGUCAUGCAACCAGUGCAAGGCGCGCAUCGUGUUCUAG